AUGAUGGAUAAAAUUACUCCAGAAUAUCUUGCGGCAGGUGCCAAUAGACAUCCUUCUGCUGCCGAUUGGGACGAGUCUGGACUUUUGGCCUAUGGAACAGAUAGGAAUAUCGCAUUAUGGUAUCCCGGAAAUGAAACUUCCAGAGGGGUUUUCGAACUUCUCAGUGGCCAUACGGAUACUGUCAAUGUGGUGAAAUUCAUGCCGAAAUCACAUGGUCUCAUACUCAGUGGAUCUGUUGAUAAGACGAUCCGGAUAUGGAAACGGGAUGAAGUAUCAAAGACUUAUACUUGUGUUCAAACUAUUACCGAUCAUCAGAGCACAAUCAAUUGUAUAGCUGUGACGGAAGGAUCCAAAAUCUUUGCUACCGGAUCAGCAGAUGCUAUUGUCAAUGUGUGGAAACUGGAUGAUAGCAAUGUUGCAAGUUUGCAGCAGUCUAUCACGAUUACUCCCCGAUUGUUCCCUCUGGCUUUGGCUUUGAGUCCUUUGACUGGAGCUUCGGAUUCUUUGGUUCUUGCAGUUGCGGGUACUAAGGAUAUUAUUCAACUUCAUGUGCUUGAUGCGCAGGCAGGAUCAGAAUUCAAGUACAAAGCCACAUUAUCUGGACAUGAAGGAUGGAUCAGAUCAUUGGAAUUCACCAAAGAGAGCGAUAGUCUCACGAGUGAUUUACUACUAUCAUCAGCUAGUCAGGAUAAAUACAUCCGACUCUGGAGAAUCCAUCAAGGCAAAGAAUUGCCAGCCGCAGCCACAGCAGCCGAUCCAACAUUCGGUGCAUUCAUGCCUGGAAAAUCUCUAUCCAACAAGGCUCAUCGAUUCCAAGCUCAAGGACUGGAUUUCUCAGCUACAUUCGAAGCUUUACUGCUCGGGCACGAAGAUUGGAUCUACAGUACACGCUGGCUUUCUCCAUCUUUGACCUCCAACCAAAAACCCCAACUCCUAUCCGCAUCAGCAGAUAAUUCUCUCGCCAUCUGGGAACCCGACACCCACACCGGCGUCUGGGUAACCAUCGCACGGCUUGGCGAGAUCAGUGCGGAAAAGGGUUCUACCACCGCCACUGGUAGCACCGGCGGUUUCUGGACCGGUCUCUGGUCUCCCACCGGCAGCACCGUCGUUUCGCUCGGCCGAACGGGAAGUUGGCGUCUAUGGAACCACGAUACAUCUUCCGAUCGCUGGGCCCAAAAUACUGCCAUCACAGGCCAUGUGAAGUCCGUCAUGGGAAUCGCAUGGUCGAAAGACGGAAGUUAUUUGCUCUCGACUAGCACGGAUCAAACUACUCGCUUACACGCCCAGUGGAAGAGAGAUGCACUAAGCAGUUGGCAUGAGAUGGCGAGACCGCAGAUCCACGGCUAUGAUUUGAAUUGUAUCGAUUCUCUCGGCGCCUCUCAAUUCGUCUCCGGCGCCGACGAGAAACUCCUCCGAGUAUUCAACGAACCCAGAGCCGUCGCCACGCUCCUCCACAAACUCUGCGGCAUCGGCAACGAAAACCCCACCAACAUGCCCGACGCAGCCAACAUGCCCGUCCUCGGCCUCUCCAACAAAGCCAUCGAAGCCAUCACCGACGACCAAACCAUCUCACAACCCGACGACCGCGACCGCGACGCCAUAGACCCCGCAUCCAUCGUGCACAAAUCAACCCUCGAUCUCUCCUCCCCUCCCCUCGAAGACCAUCUCUCCCGACACACGCUCUGGCCCGAAACCGAAAAACUCUACGGCCACGGCUACGAAAUCUCCGCGCUGGCCGCCUCCCACGAUGGCUCGAUUAUCGCCACCGCCUGCAAAGCCAGCUCGAUCGACCACGCCGUCAUCCGACUCUUCGAAACGAAAGAAUGGCAUGAACUCAAACCUUCUCUCACCGCGCACUCUCUCACCGUCGCGCGUCUGCGCUUCUCAAGCGAUGACAACUAUCUCCUCUCCGUCGGACGCGAUCGUCAAUGGGCGAUCUUCAAACGCGAUGAUUCAGAUCGAAAUACCUAUGCGUUGGCGGAGAGUAACCCGAAAGGCCACACGAGGAUGAUUCUUGAUGCGGCGUGGGCGCCUACCUCUUCUGGUAGCACAUCCCCCGUCUUCGCAACCGCCGGACGCGAUAAAAGCGUCAAGAUCUGGGGCCGCGACGCAGAAGGCAAAUUCGCUUGUAAAGCGACCAUCGCAUCCGAAGCACCCGUUACCGCGAUUGAUUUCUGCGAUGAGCUGGUGGGGGAAAGUACCGUGUACUUAGCUGUUGGGACUGAAGUUGGGAGAUUCAAGAUUUAUCGGGUGGAGAUUGGAGAUGAGAUUACUGUUGCUGAGUUGGAGUUGGAGAUUAGCAAUAAUUACUACCCCUCCAAAGCCAUCACCCAAUUAGCAUGGAAACCAUCUUCAAAAGAAACAUCAGAGAAUAAUACUUCAAGCAUGGAACUUGCAAUUGCAAGUGAAGAUAGUUCUUUAAGGAUUUAUUCUCUAUGUUGA